AUGCACAAAUUGAAGGCCAAGUGGGAUCAGGAGGUUGAUCACCUAGAGGAGAAAUUCCGAGACUCCCAUCUCCACGAUGCAAAGGCAUCGGCGACGCACUUGAAGCACAAGGUUGGCAAGUUCUUCAACAUCAUCAACCCAAACCAUCGUCACGACGAGGAGCAUGAACAGGAGACAGAUCGCAAACGCACGGCCAUCGCCGAAUCACAUCGCUUCCAGUCUUUUGCUCCUAUCCAUGAUGGCAAUCGUAUCAAAUGGUAUGUCGACGCACGCGACUACAUGUGGGCCGUCUCCGAGGCGCUGGAGCAGGCAAAGGAAACCAUCUACAUUGAAGACUGGUGGCUGUCCCCCGAACUGUUUCUGCGUCGCCCACCCGCCCAAUAUCAGGAAUGGCGAUUGGAUCAUGUCCUGAAGCGCCGUGCCGAGGCGGGCGUCAAAAUCUAUGUCAUUGUCUAUAAGGAGGUGAACCAGGCCUUGACAUGUAAUUCCGCACACACCAAGCAUGCCCUGCAAAGUCUCUGUCCCGAGGGUACACCAGGCCAUGGAAACAUUCGAGUGUUGCGCCAUCCCGACCACAACGUCUUUGAAAACGCUGCCGAUAUGACCCUCUAUUGGGCACACCACGAAAAAUUCAUUGUGAUUGAUUACGCAAUGGCCUUUAUCGGCGGAAUCGACCUGUGCUUUGGUCGUUGGGAUGCCAAUCAGCACCCCCUCGCUGAUGUGCAUCCGGCGGGACUCCGAGACGAGAUUUUCCCGGGCCAAGACUUUAACAAUAACCGCAUCAUGGACUUCCAGAGUGUUCAGGAUUGGCAAAACAACGAACUUAGCAAGGUGGACUAUGGACGCAUGCCCUGGCAUGAUGUCGGAAUGGGCCUUGUGGGAGAUUGUGUGUAUGACAUUGCCGAGCACUUUGUGCUUCGCUGGAACUUUGUCAAGCGUGACAAGUAUAAACGCGCUGACAAUGUUGACUGGCUGAUGAUGGAGGGUCGACUCGGAGAGGACGAGGACCUGAUUGGCGUGCAGCGACCCAAAUACCCCUGCGGCGAGUAUAUCCAGCAUCCAUUGUCACCAUUAUCCAGUAAGCCACGCGGCGAGCAGGGCACAGUGCGCGCGCAGAUUGUUCGAAGCAGUGACGACUGGAGCAGCGGUAUUCUGAAUGAACACAGCAUUCAGAAUGCUUACUGCGAGAUCAUUCGCAAUGCAGAGCAUUUUGUCUACAUCGAAAAUCAGUUUUUCAUCACCGCUACGGGCGAUGAACAACGGCCUAUCUUCAACACGAUUGGCCGGGCCAUUGUCGAUGCUUGUGUUCGUGCAGGCAAGGAAGGCCGCAAGUUCCGUGUAAUUAUUGUCAUCCCGGCUAUUCCCGGGUUUGCGGGUGACCUACGUGACUCUGCUGCGGCAGGAACGCGUGCAAUUAUGGAUUACCAAUACAAGUCUAUCUGCCGUGGCGAGAAUUCCAUCAUGGGUCAGAUUGAGAAGGCCGGUGUCGAUCCAAAGGAACACAUCUUUUUCUUUGCCCUGCGCGCAUACGACCGGAUCAACAAGACCCCAUCGCUGGAAGAACUGGAAAAGCAGGCUGAUGUCUCCUAUAAAGACAUCCAGCGUGGUAUUGCUGAAUCUAUCAUGGGCGAGAGUGUGCAUCCCGCCGUUGGUGAAGAAGGUGACAAGCACGAGAAGAGCUAUGAGACCGACGAAACCCAAAAGCAGCAGUCUCUGCAAAAGCUCGCAAGAUUUGAAGAGCAGGUGGAGAAGCGAAAAGGCCAGGAGGGAAGCGCCAGUCGCGAUUCCGUGGCGCAUACGACCAUGCUGAACGGUGGAAAGAUGUCUGACGAAAGGUGGGAAGGUGAUCCUGAAGCCGAGAAAGACAACAUUGUUCAGGAAGAGUUGUAUGUGCAUGGCAAAACAUGUAUUGUCGACGACCGUAUUGUCAUCUGCGGAAGUGCAAACAUCAACGAUCGGUCCCAGCUGGGUUCCCACGACAGUGAGCUUGCCAUUGUGAUGGAAGACCAGGACUUUAUCGAUAGUGAAAUGGACGGCAAGCCGUACCGGGCAGCGAGGCUGGCGGCGACCCUGCGUCGUCAGCUCUGGCGCGAGCACCUUGGCCUCUUGCCGGCGCAAGACAUGGACGCCACCGGUGAUCCCAAUGCCAGAGCCCCUGAUGUCUGCUUGAAUCACAUUCUCGAAGAUACCCACAAUGAGUUUGUCAAGGAUCCGCUCAGCGACGCAGUCUGGAACACCUGGACCGGGCAAGCCACGACCAACACGGAGACGUAUCGGAUGUUGUUCCGCGCGGAUCCCGAUGACAAUAUCAAGACCUUUGAUGAUUAUGACAACUUCCGCCCUCGUGGAUCACACCGAGAGGGGCAUUUGUUCGAUCCUUACCUUCCGAUCAAGGAAGUGCGUGAGAAGCUGGACCGCAUCAAGGGCCACCUCGUAUGGUUGCCAUUGCAUUUCCUUGAGCAAGCGGAAAUGGCUGAGCCCGGGUUGGCGGUCAACCAAAUUACCGAGUGCGAAGCCUCGCGCAACGAUCUCGAUCCAUUUGAGAAUUUGGCCGCGAGGUGGAAAAGUACGAGAUGGGCCGGUGACGGCUCUGUCUCCUUUCCUGUUCAAAUCACACCGCUCCACGGUUCUUGUUAUUGUCGUUAUGUUAUCCUGCCCCUGGAGGCGACCGCUUCGUUUCUGACACGCUGGUAG